AGUAUGUAUUGUAUACCAUGCCACUCCUUAGUCUGUGUGUAUAUAUGUAUUAUCCUUGUUUAAACCUAUAACAUUGUAUAUGUAUUAAACCCUUUGAUAAUGCCAUGAUUAAAUUCCCGUGAGAUCAUUUAAGAUUAUACCGCAUACACAAGCUUUAUGUUGCCCUAGGCCCUAGCCCUAUACCCUUUCCCUUUGCGCCUGAACGACCCCAACAAAAAUAGAAGGGCCCCGUCAAAAAGACAAACUCCCCUGAUUUCUAUUUUCAGCCCCAACACUUAUCUCCUAACCUUCAUCUUUCCCGUGACGAAACCACCUUCAAAAAUUCCCCAAUUCCCUGUGUAUACUUGGAGCAAAUGAACAUUGAGUGAGGGGGCCACAGAUACUUAAGGUGUGAGGUUGUCGAACCCAUGAUUAAGGACCAUAAAAGGGUGCGUGCCCCGGUCAGUGUUUACAGCUUGGCAACAAUCAUGAUUCAUGAGUGACGAUAGCAAAUUUCUGUUUUCUCCCCUCAAUUUCCACCAAUCGCAUCUCCGAUUUUGUGCUUCACAUCUCAUUUUUCAUCUUUCUUGAUGAACAAACCAUGCUCGUCUAGCUACUAAGGGUUUGGUUGAUUCUUUCCUUUUUCGCUGAUUAAGGGUUUGGAUGCCUUGAACAAAUGGGUGCAGCUGGCUCCAAACUUGAGAAAGCUUUGGGCGACCAAUUCCCAGAAGGCGAACGAUACUUCGGUCUCGAAAAUUUUGGCAAUACAUGUUACUGUAACAGUGUCUUGCAGGCUCUUUAUUUCUGUGUUCCAUUUCGUGAGCAAUUGUUAGAAUAUUAUUCAAGCAACAAAAGUUUUGCUGAUGCAGAAGAAAAUCUGUUAACAUGCCUAGCAGACUUGUUUACACAGAUAACUUCACAAAAGAAGAAAACAGGGGUGAUUGCUCCAAAACGCUUUGUACAGAGAUUGAAGAAGCAGAAUGAGAUUUUCCGUAGCUAUAUGCACCAGGAUGCCCAUGAAUUUUUAAAUUAUCUAUUAAACGAGCUUGUGGACAUACUGGAGAAGGAGUCACGUGCUGCUAAGAGUGAUCCAGAAUCUUGUUCAUCUUCUGAGCAAAUUCCUAAUGGAAUAAAGACUUCUCACAUGAAUGGUCAUGUAAGAGAGCCACUCAUCACAUGGGUGCACAAGAAUUUUCAGGGUAUACUCACAAAUGAAACAAGGUGCUUGCGAUGUGAGACAGUAACAGCAAGGGAUGAAACCUUCCUUGACUUGAGCCUUGAUAUUGAACAAAAUACCUCAAUUACUAGUUGUUUGAAGAACUUCAGUUCCACUGAGACUUUAAACGCUGAGGACAAAUUCUUUUGUGAUAAAUGUUGCAGCUUGCAGGAAGCCCAAAAAAGAAUGAAGAUCAAGAAACCACCGCAAAUCCUAGUCAUCCAUUUAAAAAGAUUCAAAUACAUCGAGCAACUCGGGCGUUACAAAAAGCUUUCAUACCGUGUGGUCUUCCCCCUGGAGCUCAAACUAAGCAACACCGUCGAAGACACAGACGCCGAAUAUUCUCUUUUCGCGGUGGUGGUCCAUGUCGGAAGUGGGCCCAACCACGGGCACUACGUGAGCCUCGUGAAAAGCCAUAACCAUUGGUUGUUUUUUGAUGAUGAAAAUGUGGAAAUGAUCGAUGAGUCCGCUGUGCAAACUUUUUUCGGGUCCGCACAAGAGUAUUCCAGCAACACGGAUCAUGGCUACAUCUUGUUUUACGAAAGGGUCGAUGUAGGUAACACAAGUUGAAAAAAAGAUGGAUUUACCCUCCUUCCGUAAGAGGAAAUUUUACAAAUUUGAACGGAUAAGCUUACAUUUCUCUCUGUCUUAAUUAUAUACAUUUUUAUUUGACUGGUUCUAUUUUUGUAAUGUAUAACAAUGGGUCCGUCCCACGAAUGACAUGGAGGAGGUAACUUAGUAAGGAAAGUGAUGCUUAGGCUAUUUGAUCUUAUUUAUGAGUUUUCACCCGUUACGUAAACAUGUUCAUUUAGCAUCAACAGUUGGUGAGCAUACAAGAAAGUUAAAUGUUGCUUAUGUAGUUUUAAUUUUGUUAUUAGUUAACGGUAAGUAUGGAUUGAUGAGUUUAAGAAGAUUAUCGAUGAUUUGCCUUGUAUGAUUGUAUUAGGUCAUGAAGUUGUAAGAGUGUAUAAAACUUGAGGGAUUCAUGUGACA